CCCAUGUCAUCACUAUCAUAGCGCAGACCCACUCUUAUCCUCUCCCCCACACCGCCGCCUCCAAAAUGUCUGUUGCGCUCACCCCGAGCAGCGUCCUCGGCUUCAACAGGCCUCUCACGCAGCACGUUAAGCGGGGUUUAGCCAUCUCAAACCACAAUGCACAACCAGUCGCAUUCAAAGUCAAAACGACUGCUCCCAAGCUGUACUGCGUACGGCCAAACUCUGGGAGGGUGGAGCCAGGAGAGACUGUGGAAGUUCAGGUUAUGCUGCAGGCGAUGAAGGAAGAGCCGCCAUUGAACAUCAAGUGCAAGGACAAAUUUCUGAUUCAGAGCACCAUCAUCACACCGGAGAAGGAGACAAUGCCUCUCCCAGAUCUUUGGGCCGACAACACGGAGGAAGUCCACUCGCAGAAGAUCCGUGUUCAGUACCUUCCGCCGGAAGGGCAGACAGUGCCUGAAGAGGAAGAAGGUGGAGUCAGUGAUUUCCAGGACCAUUCUCGCUCUAUUUACGGCACUGUCCGUCAGCAUCCCAAUGGAAAUGGCGUUCCUGAGCCCGUGCGGGAACACAGCGGCGAGGCGGCUCAAGAAGAGGAGACCCACCAUGACGCACCGUCGUCACCGCCUCCAACACGACUGGCGCAGCUUCACGAGGAAUCACCACACGAGGAGUUCUCGCGUGAGGAAGAUGAGGCACCCGUCGUCAACGUCAACGUUCACACGCCCCAGCCUCCGCCUCCCUCUGAACCUGUUGGGCCCGCACCUGACAUCAACGAGGACAUCCUCAUCAAGCUGCGCGAGGCACAGGCGGAGAUUGAGCGCCUUCGCAAUCUCAUUUCUUCCAUGCCUGAGCCGAGCACGGCAGCGCCCACCACGAUCACGAACGCUACUGAGUUCCGGCGACGUAGGCCCACAUCGCCUUCGGACGACGGCAGUACGUGGGAUGGCGAGACGGAGGUGGGAACAUCAAUCACCGGCACGACAACUAUGGAGGAUACGAUGAUGCAGGCGGAGGGCGUUCCUCUGCAGGUAGUCAUCGUCAUCGCGCUUGGUGUUUUCGUCACGACUUAUUUAUUCUUCUGACGGCUCUGUGUCUGGACGUUAUGGUUUGGUCUUCGGCUUCUACGUAUAAACACUAUUGGAACAUCAUGAGCGACACCCGUGUGUUCGCGUUGCGUCCGCCUGCCAAAUACCUGUUCUUUUACGAUCUCCCCUCCUCGGUCUCGUGGAUCCCUUUGAAUCGUUUGGUAUAGCAACUUUCCUUUCGUUGUGAUAUUAUUCGCUGUACAUAUGUUAUAUACGAAGCGGAGCACGGAACCCCGGUUGUGGUUGACUCGUCUGCUGUAAUACAUUAACUCUGCGUUCUCUUUCUUAGCUUAUGCCUUCGGCAGGCAUGGACGUUAUACCCAGACUUCAUGAUAUCUCUACACGCUAACGGUAUAUACACGAGCCC